CCCAGCAUAGAUUGCACAUUUAUGCGGAUGGCUGCACGACUGUAUUCAAUCGGAUUUCUUGGAAGUGGCAAAAUGGCUACAGCGAUGGCUAGAGGAUUGAUUUCUGCAGGCCUAGUUCGUCCAGAAGAUAUUACAGCUUCAGCCACCAGUGACACCUCACUCAACCUCCAGAGAAUGAAGGGACAUGGCGUCAGAGUGACAUCAGACAACAGCGAAGUGGUACGGAGGAGCAGCGUGGUCUGGAUUGCCACCAAGCCUCACACAGUGGCCCCCGUCCUGCGGGAAAUCAGUCCCGUUGUCCGCAGGGACCAGCUCUUUGUGUCUGUGGCAGCAGGGACGACACUCAACUCCCUGGCCAAGAACCUUCCAGAAGGGACAAAGGUGGUGCGCUGCAUGCCCAACACUCCGGUGGUGGUACGGAGUGGUGUCACGGUGUACUCGAGGAACGGAACGGUGAACGGAGAGGACAAGGAGUUGGUGGAGCACAUGUUGGGCUCAGUGGGUCUCGGUAUGGAGAUGCCAGAGCACUAUAUGGACAUAAUCACCGGCCUCACCGGCUGUGGACCUUCCUAUAUGUAUGUGAUGCUGGAUGCUCUAGCUGACGGUGGGGUGUACGCUGGGAUACCUAAAGAGAUCGGUCUGAGACUCAUCGCCCACACCAUGAUUGGAGCAGCAAAGAUGGUUCUUGAAAAUGGAAAACAUCCGCAAGAGCUGAAAGAUGACGUGUGUUCUCCGGCCGGUACGUCAAUCCAAGCCAUAAGGACUCUGGAGAAGGCAGGUUUCAGAGGAAUAGUCAUGGACGCGGUUCACGCUGCCAGCAAACGAGCACUAGAACUCUCAAGACUAGACAAUGGAGAGACUAAAGAUGUCUACGUCAAGAGAUGAUCACACUUCUUUUUAUAGUAUCUGUUUGCCUAUAUAUACACUGCC